GUGCAACAAGGACUUUUUUACACCCUAAUGUAAAUAAAAAAUAGGAGCCUUAUAUUCACAUAUAUUAUUUUAUGCAUAGGUGUAGGAUCACUCGGCACACAGAAUAGGUAAUGCCAAGAAACGAAUCAAUGGACAACACGUGUCAGGCCAUGUACCGCACAUUAGCUACUCAAAAUGGCCUUCAGCCAGAACACGUGGACAUAUCACAGUCUGUAUUAUACACGUCCAUCAUGGGUCUUCUUCUGGUGACGGACAAAGAGACAGAACUGCAACUGGGCAGUGGACAAAUUGGACUGUGCAACGUUGGAAACACUUGUUUCCUCAAUGCCAUUGUGCAGUGUCUCUCCCACACUCGUGGUUUUCGGGACUAUUGUCUGAUGAAAGCGUAUCUUCAUGACAAGCACUCAAAUCAAGAGCCUGUGCUUAUGAAUGAUUUCUCAGACGUUUUGGCCGGAUUGUGGGAAUGUGAUGGUGGAGAAACCACAGUGAACCCUGGGAAGUUUUAUCGCAUGUUUAAAGAGGCAGUGCCUCGCUUCAUUGGCUACAGUCAACAAGAUGCCCAGGAGUUCUUACGGUUUCUUCUGGAUAGGCUACAUACAGAAAUUAACCAUCGCCCAUCCCAUCGUCCUGCGGUUCUUGCAAUUAAGGAACCAAAAUAUUCACGAUUCAGGAUUUCAGAUGAAGCUUUUGCUAUGUGGCAGAAACAUCUGGACAGGGAUGACAGUAAGAUUGUAGAUCUGUUCUCGGGUCAGUUGCGCAGUUCCCUGAACUGUUCUGUCUGCUCACAUUACUCCAACACUUUUGAUGUGUUUUGUGACCUUUCGCUCCCAAUCCCAAAGAAGAGUGGCCAAAUUGUCACACUGAAAGAGUGUUUAGAUCUCUUCUCACAGGAGGAGAAACUUGAUAAAGAAAAUUCACCGAUGUGUGAGCGGUGUAAUCGUCGUACUGAGAGCACUAAAAGACUGACCAUACAAAGGUUCCCUAGGAUCCUGGUGAUACACCUGAAUCGAUUUACCAUGUCAAGGUACUCAGUCUGUAAAAGCUCAGUGUCUGUUUCAUUUCCCCUGACCGGGUUGGAUCUGGGGCCAUUUGGACCGGUUGACUGUGGUCCUGUGCUGUAUGAUUUGUAUGCAGUGUGCAAUCAUUCAGGCACUGUAAAUAUGGGUCACUACACGGCUGUAUGUCGAGAGGAGGAGGGCUGGUGCUGUUACAAUGACUCAUGUGUAACUGCAAUACAUGAGAAGAAACUUCAGUCCAAUCAGGCUUAUAUUCUCUUCUAUGAGCUUAAAAGCUGCAAUAUCACCAGCCAAUAAAGAGAAAGUACACUGCUUGUUACAGGAGACUUGAAA